AAGUAUUAAAAAAAAAACCUUAAUAUAAGGGAUUUAUAUCCGUCUAUUGCAAACGUUUUGAUGACACCACAAUCAUUCAAACAAACGCUAGCAGAGCGUAGGCGAAUAAGCAAUUGCCAAACGUCUUUCAAUUGCCGCGGCGGGGCCAUGGAAAUUGAUGUUGUGAUUUUAUUCUAACCAACGGGAGCUGAUGACGCAGAGGAUUUGGACACCUUGCCUGCUCCAAUCCAACUUAUUUUAAAAAAUCAAGCAAAAAACAAAAUGUACUACAAUAGAAGAAAGAUGUGGUGCAUAUUGCUUUAGACAAGACCACCACUAUGUAUGCGUUUCUCGGCGAACAAUUAAUGUGAUUUUGAGGUUGUCUUUCAGAUAUCAGAACUGGGAAACAACUGACUUUGAUUUUGACUUUGAUUUGUUGCUGCUGUUUCUUGUUUGUGUUCCUCGAAUUUCUUAGAUGGAUGAGGAAGAUGUUGGUUUCUACACGUUGGAUAAGGCCCUUGAAAGUGUGGGGUUUGGGAAAUUCCAAGGCCUUGUUCUUGCAUACGCUGGCCUCGGUUGGUUUGCAGAAGCAAUGGAAGUUAUGAUUCUUUCUUUUAUAGGAGAAGCUGUUAAGUCAGAGUGGGGACUUUCCUCAGGUCAAGAGAGCCUGUUAUCCACUGUUGUGUUUGCUGGUAUGCUCAUGGGAGCCUCUUCAUGGGGCCUUGUGUCAGACAACUAUGGAAGGAGGAAGGGUUUUCUUUCUAUAACUGUGGUAACUAGUGGAGCUGGAUUAUUGAGCACAUUCUCUCCAAAUUAUUUAUCACUUGUUAUUAUUCGGGGUUUUGUUGGUUUUGGCCUUGGUGGUGGAUCUGUAUUCUUAUCAUGGUUUCUAGAGUUUGUUCCAGCUUCCAAUAGAGGCACAUGGAUGAUCAUCUUUUCAACUUUCUGGACAUUUGGAUCAAUUUUUGAGGCUUCACUUGCAUGGAUUGUCAUGCCCAGAUUAAAAUGGAGGUGGCUACUUGCAUUUUCAUCUGUGCCAUCUUUUCUUCUGCUUCUUUUGUAUGGUGUUGUACCUGAGUCUCCAAGAUAUCUAUGCAUGAAAGGUAGCACAAGUGAUGCACUUCAAAUUCUGGAUAAGAUAGCUUCAGUGAACCAAACAAAGCUUCCUCCUGGCAUCCUAGCUUGUGGUAGAUCAAGUGUCGAGGAUAAAGCGUCUGCUCUAUCAGAGGAUAGGGGUCCCUUACUCUCCUCACUGAGUAAAAAUAUCAUGCCAUCUGAAUCAGGCUUCUCAUCAUUUUUUAUGCUUUUCUCACCAAAAUUAAUUCAAACAACGCUCCUACUAUGGGUAUUAUUCUUUGGAAAUUCGUUUUCAUAUUAUGGUAUCAUAUUACUUACCUCAAAGCUAAGUAGUGGACAAAGUGGGUGUUUCCCAACUAUUCCAAGCUAUAGAAAUUUCCAGGAUUCUGCCGUCUAUGUGGAUGUGUUCAUCACUAGUUUGGCAGAGCUUCCUGGGCUUCUCUUGUCAGCAAUAUUGGUCGAUAGGGUAGGCCGCAAGCAGUCUAUGGCAUUUAUGUUUGUCUUGACAUUUAUUCUCCUUCUUCCACUGCUAACUCAUCAGCCUGCGGUUUUAACUACUUGCUUAUUAUUUGGAGCUCGCAUGUGUGCCAUCGGAACCUUUAAUAUUGCAAGUAUAUAUUCCCCUGAGAUAUAUCCAACCCCUGUGCGGGCAACAGGUGUUGGACUCGCGAGUGGUAUGGGAAGAAUCGGUGGCAUGGUAUGUCCUCUUGUCGCGGUGGGAUUGGUUACUGAGUGCCAUCAAACAGAAGCCGUUGUCCUCUUUUUGAUUGCUAUAGUUGUUUCAGUAGUUUGUAUUCAACUCUUCCCAUAUGAAACCAAGGGCCAGGAACUUAGUGAUACUAUGGCUAUAUCAAGUUGAAAAGAAGUACUUGGUUUGUUAGGAGAAAAUUUGUGCUGUCCAUUAUUUGUUUCAGAGGGAAAGCACCUGUUGUCCUCAUUUUCGUCUUUCUCUUCUGAUUCUUAAGUUGUUUCUUACAAAGGAGUGCACGCUGGCAUUCAAUCCCAAACAUACCAAACAUGUUGGAUGUCAUCUCUUAAGGGCGAUUUAUGAACCAAUUAGGCUAGGCCUCGGGUUUGACUAUAA